GGAUGGCGUAGCGUAUGGUAAAUAUAAAAUGUCCAAAGACAAAGGGAAUUUGUGACAAUUGUCAGAAUGAGUUCUCAGUACUGUCAUCUGUCAUACUGACGUUUCAUGUUGAAUGUAUUUUUGGCCAUUGUAUUGUUGCUGGGUUUGAGAUUCGUAAAUCCUAAAUAUUUAUUCAUCAUUCUGACCAAUAUUUGUAUCCUUUUCAGUAAUGUAAUCACGUUACUGGCUAAUUAUUUACAUCUUGAUAUUGAUUAUUAAGAAAUCGUGUAUCUCCAACAUGGAUAUAAAAUUUAUGAAACCUAUACAACCUAAGGUCUUCAAAGCAAUCAAAGACCUGGAUAUUGAAGCUCUUAAGAAUUUUACACAAGAUGAAAUGAGACCUAUCAUACCAUGUUUGGUUCGAAUGACACUUAUUGCCCCACUCGACACUACCAGAGCUUGUGGAGAAGCUAAGAAAGACGUGCUCACGCUGCUCGCCGGUAUAGACUUGGUUAAUUUCAUUGUAUCCCUGUUAUCUAUUGAAUUUAAUGCAUUAGAAAGUGACCUUAAGAAAGAGCAGCAAAUGAGAUUGAAAAAUGGAUCACAGUGCACUGAAACAUUUCUGAUACAAAGUAUAAAUAAUGGUAUCACUAGUGACUUUGAACAGUCAGACUCUCCUCGGAAAGUUCGAUUGGUUUUAUCAGAGUUGUUACUGAUGCAAGCACAGUUGGCUGAGUACAACCAAAACAAGAAUUCCAAUGUCGAAUGUGGUGUAAAGCCAUCAGAACUGUUUGACAAUGAUGUGUACCUGGAAGAAGUCACUGAUGUUAUCAACAUCAGUCUUGCAGAACUGCCAAACUUACUCAAUGUUAUUGACAUUGUUGAAGUGUUGCUUUAUGUCAACAAAGGUCCUAUUAUAAUAUCAUGGGUGCUGGCAAACAUGCCUGAUUCUGUACAAGAAGUGGCUGAAUCACUUGUGAUGAAUGCUGAUAGAAGUGAAGAAGGUGGUAUUAGAGCUAAAACUCUAACCACUUUGUGUGCUGCCUGUCCACAUUUGGCAGCAGCUGUUAGAUCGAAAGCCGCAUCAGCAUCCCGGCUGCCUUCACUGGUCAUCACACUUACCUUGACGCAUCACCACGAUGACUUGACUUCUAACUGUUUCCUUUAUGUCUGGGCUUCUACUUGGAUCGGACCAAACAACAAGAGCUGGUUUGCGACAUUCUUACGUAACUCCCACAAAAGAGGCAAGGGUGAUGGGCAUGCGGCAUUAACAAAACUAAGGCAGGAAUUACUGAACAGGCUGAAAGAUGCCACUGCUGGUGUUGAGGCAUCAGCUCUACUGCGACUUUACUGUGCUCUCAGGGGGAUUGCAGGAAUAAAGUUCCAAGACGAUGAAGUAGCUGGACUAUUGAGGCUUGUUACGCAAAAACCACCACCAACCCCAGCUGGAGUACGAUUUGUGUCCUUAAGUCUCUGCAUGAUUCUUGCCUGUCCGUCUUUGAUGGCUGCUCCUGACCACGAGAAAAAGGCCAUAGAAUGGGUGCAAUGGCUAGUUAAAGAAGAAGCUUAUUUUGAAAGUAAUUCUGGGGUAACAGCAUCAUUUGGUGAAAUGCUGUUAUUGAUAGCUAUACAUUUCCACUCUGGUCAGUUGACAGCCGUCGGUGAACUAGUGUGCGCCACUCUUGGAAUGCGCGUACCAGUUCGCCCUAAUGGGUUAGCAAGAAUCAAACAAGCAUUUACUCAAGAAAUCUUUACUGAACAGGUUGUAACAGCCCAUGCCGUGAAAGUACCGGUAACAGCGAAUCUUAAUAGUAACAUACCAGGCUCAAAAAGACCAGAUGAGUUACGGUGGUUUAUUCAGUCCCUUACUCGGCUGUUAGCUACGCACUUCCCACAACUGUCGCUGGUUGAUGACUGGAUGGACGAUCAAGUUUUUGGAGAUUCAAAUCGCCACCAAGUAGAUAUAAAUCUUUCAGAAACCGCUAUAAACGAUGCAUUCCAAACAAUCGAAGAAAACCCCUACAAGACUGGAAAGAUUUUGAAAGCUAUGCUUAACAAGAAUCCUACAGACAUAUGGCCUUAUGCUGAAACAUUUGUAAAGUAUUUCAAAAGUGUACUUGGGGAUGAAGUUCCGCGACACAUUCAAGAAUUAUAUCAUGAGGUAUGGUUACGCCUCAAUACAGUACUGCCGCGUUGCUUGUGGAUAAUGACAAUCAACGCUUUACUCGAUAUCAAUGGGGGUGUCAAGAAUGUAACCAUCACACAGGAGAACGUAUUGGUAGACCCUUUACAAGUGUUACGCUGCGACAUCAGAGUUUUCAGAUGCGGGCCUAUUUUAAAAAUAAUAUUACGGAUUCUCGAAGCAAGUUUAGCUGCUUCUAGAAGUCAACUUAGUCGACAUUUAUUAGACAAACCCUUGCUUGAAAAAAGUGGACAACUCAAUUCAGAUGCUGAAAGAGAAGAACUUAAGAAUGCUUUGGUCGCAGCACAAGAAAGUGCUGCAUUGCAAAUAUUAUUGGAAGCAUGUUUGGAGACAGCAGAGGACGAAGCCAAACCUGAGCUGAUGUGGUCUCUUCGUGAAUACGCCUUACCCAAAGCUAUGUCUAUUGCAAGAUUAUGCGUCAACACUUUGUCGACAUUGCUAUCGGUUCUCCCGAGUGACUUGCGAUUGGAACUGUUCCAACCGGUGCUUAAAUCUUUAGUAAGGAUUUGUACCGCAUUUCCGUCGCUACUAGAAGACAUAACUUCGCUGCUACUACAACUUGGAAGAAUUUGCGAGUCUCAGGCAUCUCUAGGCCAUUGCUGGAAUGAUACCAGUAUACUUGGUGAAGGAGCCUAUGUGCCUUCUGAUGUGCAACCUGAUACUAAAGUUUUGGUUGCCGAAGUUCUAUGUAGGGAUAUCAAAGUAACAAUGUCUGAAAUUGUUGAAAAAGCAUUAUUAAAUGAUAAACUAUAUUAA